GCGGAAGCGGCGGCCGGGCAGCCAUGUCGCCUUUGUCUGCGGCGCGGGCGGCCCUGCGGGUCUACGCGGCGGGCGCGGCGGUGGUGUUGGCGCAGCUGCUGCGGCGCUGCCUCGGGGGCUUCGCGGAGCCAGUUUUUCCCCCACAACCCGACCGUGUGGCCAUAGUGACCGGAGGCACGGAUGGCAUCGGCUAUGCCACGGCGAGGCAGCUGGCGAGGCUCGGCAUGCACGUGAUCAUAGCCGGAAACAAUGACAGCAAAGCCCAAGACGUUGUGCGGAGACUAAAAGAGGAGACGUCGAAUGACAAAGUGGAGUUUUUAUACUGUGAUCUGGCUUCCCUGACGUCCAUCAGGCAAUUCGUCCAGAAGUUCAAGAAGAAGAAAAUCCCUCUGCAUGUCCUGGUCAAUAACGCCGCGGUGAUGAUGGUCCCGCAGAGGAAGACCAGAGACGGAUUUGAGGAGCACUUCGGGCUGAACUACCUGGGCCACUUCGUCCUCACCAACCUGCUGCUGGACUCCCUGAAGGAGGCCGGGCGUCCCGGCCGCACCGCCAGGGUGGUGACCGUGUCGUCCGCCACGCAUUACGUGGGCGAGCUGCGCCUGCGCGACCUGCACGGCAGCCGCUGCUACUCCCCCCACGGCGCCUACGCCCAAAGCAAGCUGGCGCUCGUCCUGUUCACCUACCACCUGCAGAGACUGCUGGCCGCCCAGGGGAGCCCCGUGACCGCCAACGUGGCCGACCCGGGGGUGGUCGACACGGACCUGUACAGACACGUCUUCUGGGGCACGCGUCUCAUCCAGAAGAUGCUCGGCCGGUGGGCGUUCAAGAAACUCAAGAUGCUCCUUUCACUUGAGGGAGGAUCCCGUCUAACGCCUUGGACGUGAGUUGGCGCGAACCAAACCCGCACAGAACAAUCCCCGUGCCCUCUGUGCUCAAGGAGACCCCGAGAACCUGGUAAGCGUGGGCUGAGUGCAGGUGAGUGUGCCCGUGGCCUCUGUGUGCUCGCCAUGCACCAUCAAUGAAUCAGAGAUCACAUAAAACGUGUGCAUCGACUCCCUCCGUCUCCACCAGAGCCCUGGCCAGGAAGAUGCUUUUAUGGCCAUUGUUUUUUUAACGACAACAUCGAGGCACAUGAUAAGUAUAUUAGCGAUUAUUUAGAUAUAUUGUAUAUUUUCAUAUAUUACGCAUGACCUCAUGUGCAAGGGCUUGGAUACGCGUACAGACAGCGUCAGAGGCGGGCAGAAGACAUAACUCGUAUUCACAACAUGCUCGUGAGCUGUCGGAAAGCCCACACGGCUCAGAAUUGUGGAAUCGGAAGGACCUUCCUUCCAGGCAGGAAACUGCUUUGCCCGGAAUUGUUGUCGGCUUCUCCCUGCAAGUGGCCGUGGCUCUCACAGCCCUGGUGUCUGCGUCCCUGAUUUCCCCCCGAGAACUCAGAGUCUAGGGCUUGGUCAUUACACCACAUCACAGCAGAAGUCCCCUAGGGGUUGGCUGUGCUAACGUCACGCACUGUGUCCCCGACCAGACCCCUGCAGGGCUGCCCUCAGCCCCCUCGGACACAGCAGGUGGUCACAUGGCAGGCUCCGCAUUCGAAUCUCCGUAUCCUCUGUGCAUUGACAGGCAGAGGCCAUAUAAAGAAUAAAAAGCACUUUCCAAAAAACAAAAACAAACAAAAAAAAAA